AUGAAUACUCCGAAAAACUAGAAUGAAACCUUAUUUGAUAUUUUUAAGAAUGUUUCGGAGGUGGAUGAAGAAAUUUUCACUCACAUUAUAGAUAUGUUUAGAAAAGAAAAUAUAUCAGAUUCUAUUUAAUAUCUUUCGAUAGAAGUUAAUUAAAGACAUCUUUAAUCAAGUAUCAUAGAACUCAAGAAUUAAUCAAAUGCAGUUGAAGGAUAAAAGUUAGAAGCUUUAGGAAAGGACAUUAAGAUUAUUUUUAAUACACUUAAAAAAAUUAAAGACAAUGAUUUUAAUUUAAAGGAUUUCUCCUCUGAACAAUAUUUAGUAUUAAAAAUAGAUAUAAUGAGUAAAUUAGAAGAUAAUAUAUAUAGCAGCUUAAAUGGAUCUGAAUUUUAUGGUGUAGACAUUAGUGGAGCAAAUUUUAAUGGAGCCUAACUAUUUAACUGCAAGUGGAAGAAUAUUAAAAUACAUGAAUUAAAUAAACUUGAUGGUCAUACUUGUGAUGUUUAAUCAGUCAGUUUCUCUCCUGAUGGAAAGACUUUAGCUUCUUGUAGUUGUGAUAAGUCAAUCCGUUUAUGGGAAGUUAAAACCGGAUAAUAAAAAGCAAAAUUGGAAGGUCAUACUAGUUAUGUCCACUCAGUAUGCUUCUCCCCUGAUGGAAUUACUUUAGCAUCAGGUAGUAAUGAUAAGUCAAUCCGUUUUUGGCAUGUUAAGACAGGAUAAAAAUUAUUAACUUCGCACAAAAGUUACAUAGAGAUUUUAGAAAAAUUUAAUACUCCUAUAUUUUAAAACUGUUCACUUCCAGAGAAUGGUAUUCAUUCAUUGUAUUUCUAGUCAACUAUUAUACUUUUCUUAUUAUCUAAUAAAAAUUGAGCUUUGAAUCAUAAGGAGCAUUAAUUUUUAGCGGAGAAUUUGUUAAUCAAACAGGCAUUGAUUUAAAAACUUUAUUAAAGUAAAAAGGAAGUUACAUUUUAGAAAAUACAUUUGAAAAACAACAAAAGUAGAAUUGA